GCUUCUGAAACCAGGAGCAUUUCGUGUCCCCCGAAGCGACCGGAGGGCUUCACGUAUGACUUGUUUCUUACGAAAGAGCGGAUUAUGACACAAGAACGAAGAAGUCGGGAGACGUGUCAAGGGAAACAAAACAUUCGUGGCGCUGAUAAAGCCGUCUACAUCGUUGGACAGUAAACAAUGCAUGACCUGACUGCCCAAGUCACCAGCAGCCUGCUGCCUUUCCCUGGAGUGACUGUAGAUGCUCUAGGGGAGGAUGACAUCGCUCUUGACUCUGUUCUUCAAGGGAACUUCACUGUUGGUCGCAGCGGCCUGGCCUGGCUAGUCUGUGGCCCCCAUCUGGAGGUUGUCCAUGCAGUGACAGGAGAACGGCUGUCGGCCUACUGCUUCAGUGGCGGAGGGGAGCAGCCACCCACUGUCCUUGCUGCCAGGGACUUCAGCUGGCUCAAACGGUCUGGCCUGCUGGUUGGCUUGGAGGAAGCAGAGUGUAAUUUGCUGUGUCUCUAUGAUUUGGGACUGUCGAGGGUGGUCAAAGCUGUGGUCAUACCAGGCAGGAUUACAGCCAUUGAGCCAUUGGUGAGUUAUGGUGGAGCAAGCACCUCGACACAGCACCUCCACCAGAGUCUGCGCUGGUUCUUUGGCAUCGCUGCUGUAGUGACAGAUGUCGGUCAUGUUCUGCUUGUGGACCUCUGUCUCGAUGACCUGUCCUGCAGCCAGAGUGAACUGGAGGCUUCAGCCCUGCAGGUAGUGAGCAAAUCUCCUGCUGAGAUCCCCAGACUCAGAGAAGUCAGCACCAGGCAAGGCAGACAUCUUUGUCUCCAGCUGAAUGGGCCCAGUGGAGUGGGAGCCACAGCUCUGCAGUACAUCUCCAGGACCAAUCAGUUGGCAGUUGGAUUUUCUAAUGGAUACUUACAGCUGUGGAACAUGAAGACACUUAAGAAAGAAUACAACUCCCUGUUAGAAGGUGGCGGUGUAGCUGUGUAUGCCUUCACCUUUCAGGAGCCAGAGAAUGACCCCAGGAACUGCUGCUACCUCUGGGCGGUCCAGUCGUCUCAGGACCUCGAAGGGGAUACUGUCAGCCUCCGCCUGCUUCAGCUGGCUUUCAGUGAACGGAAGUGUCUGCCCUCUGGCAAGAUCCUCUAUGAGGGUCUGGAGUACUGCGAGGAACGCUACAGUCAGGAGUUAAGUGGCGCAGCUUUCCCUCUCAGGGCUCAGACCACAAACACCCGUCUGCUGAGCUGCCAGACCAUCGAGAAAUUCCGACCCCACCCUGACAGGGAUGACAGCAUGAAUGAAGUUGCAUCUCCAGACACCAGUGUUUCUAUCUUCAGCUGGCAAGUCAAGGCCUAUGGUCAGGGAAGUCUAUCUACCUACAUCGGGGUAUUUGACAUCAAUCGUUGGUACCACGCACAAAUGCCGGACUCUUUAAGAAUCGGGGAGUCUCUGCAAAAUUGUCCCUACCUGGCAGUUUGGUCUCUGGACCCAGUGGUGAAGAUGGUGUCCCCACACGCUCUUCUGGAUGUGGUGGUACAUGACCGCAGCUUAAGCAGGGGUCUGCCCUUCACGUGUCCUCCACCAGAACAAUAUUUUAACCCCACUACGUACAACUUUGAUGCUACCUGCUUGCUCAACUCUGGGAUCGUUCACUUAACCUGCUCUGGGUAUCAGAAAGAAACUCUGAGCUUUUUGAAGAAAGCUGCUCCUUGUUCCAGUGAUUCCAUCUCCACUAGCUACUCUCGCUGCCUCAUGUCUGGCCUACUCUCAUCUCGCCUGUCUGACACUCAGGCCUCCAGUCUCUCUCAGGAGGAACAGCUGGAUGCCAUCUUGUCAACAGCAGUGGAGACCAGCUCCCUGGGACUGAUCACUGGCUGUAUAAAGCAGUGGACCUCAGAAGAACAACCAGGCUCUGCACUGAACCUGCGCUACAUCCUGGAUUGGGCCUGGAACAAAGUAGUUCAGACCAAGAAGGAACUGGAUGGCAUCUGUGCACCGCUGUUUGACAGCUCCUCCAACUUUACAGACCCUCAGACCUUACAGCUGCUGCAGCACAGCCAGAGACUGCUGGGUAACCUCAGCACCAUCUUCCACUGUCUGCUCAAUGAAGCUCAGGAGCUCACACAAAAAGGUCUGAUGGGGCUGAUCAACAAGAACAUGGUGUCCAAUCUGAUAUCCAAGUACGCUCAGGUGGUCCUCUGGUUCUGUCGUACCGGCUUACUGCCCGAGGGAUCAGAUGACGAUGCUCUCCAGAUCUCCAGGCCUUUCUACACCCACUCGGUCAUCAGCAACUAUUAUACUAUACGCAGAGAGGAGCUCACCAGACUUGCUAAGGGAAAGUGGUGUGCAGACUGCCUGAUGAUUGACGGUUUGGUCAGUCAGUGUGGUGAACGCUUGACCAACCUGUGGAAAAGGGAUGAGGGUGGGACUGGGCAGUAUCCCCCACCUACACUACAUGCCUUGUUGGACAUUUAUCUGCUGGAAAACAUUGAUGAAACUGCCAAACAUUCGAUUGUUAUUUACCUGUUGCUGGAUGUCAUGCACUCCUUCCCCGACAAGGACGGAGCAUCAGUGCACUCUUUUCCCUCAGCUUUUUCCAUCCCUGUUGGGCUGGUGAAACUAGUACAGGGCCUUUGGUUGCUGGACCAUCACGGCCAUCAGAGUUCAUUUGAGCUGCUCCUGCAUCCAGCUGCCUCUCAGUGUCAGUUUGAGUGGCAACAUGAGCGUGUCCUGAACGCUCUCAUGUGCCAGGGCCAGCACUCGAUCGCUCUGCGAUAUUUCCACAUCACAAAGCUCCCAAUUUCCUCCACCUCCCAGGCCAAACUCUGCCUGUCUGUACUGCUACACAACAGGUGUCUCAUAGAGGCGUGGUCCUUAGUUCGGCAGCAUUCUAACCGCCUCAAUAUGACUGAGCUGAUGGGCUUCCUGUACGAGAGCUGCCAGGAGCUUGGCCUCAUCAAGGAGCUGCUCAAACUGCCUCUGGGUCUAAGGGAACAGGAGUGUUUGGAGAAGUUUCUUCAGAGCACAGGAGGUCUCCAAAACAGAGAAUUACUGAUGGUUCAUUACCUCCAACAGUCCAACUUCAUACCUGCUCUGCAGCUCAACCACAGUCUUAAAAUGGAUCUAAUGAAUGAGCGAGACCCAAAGCUGAAAGAACGAAUCAACACCAGGAACUCUAUAUUGGAUCAGUAUGGGAAAGUUUUGCCCAGAGUCCAGAGGAAACUGGCAAUGGAGAGAGCCAAGCCCUACCAGCAUCCAUACACCAUUCACAGAGAGGUUUCUCGACCGCAGCCACUGUCGACUAUCACCAAGCGCUCUGCCAGUGAGAAAGUGAUGUCAAGGGCUGGAUUUAUCAACAGCGUCCUGACCAAGAUUGAGGAGGUGUGGUUAGGCAAAGGUGCAACACCACAGUCCUCCCCAUCAAACAACUUCACGGCAGCUGAUAUUCGGAGUCCGAGCCCCAGGUCCUCGUCUUCAGCCCUUCCUGAUCCCUUCCUCAGAACUCCCAUCACCAUGACCUCCAAACGAAAGUCAAGGCUGAUGGACUUGGUGGUUCAACCCACCUGUCAGAGCCCUCAGCCGCUUCUCAGCACCCCCAGACACCCCAGCUCAUGGGUUUCUCCAAAGAGCAUCAGCAAAGCACCUGAACUGAGUCUAUUGCAAACACCACAGGUCGUCAAGCGAGCUCGGGCCUUGGCUGCCUCUGGCCCGGUGUUCUCAGCCUUCACGCCACAGUCCAUCCUCCGAAGCAGCCUGAGGCCAACACCUGUUGCCACCCCUUCUGCUUCUCCAGGGCGCUCCAUCACCCCACCGCUCCGCAGCAAAGAGAGCCGCAUCACUUUCAUCGAAGAAGCAGAAUCUCCUGAACCAGAGAAGGGCAUCAGGUGGACCAAUGGGAUCGCAGCAGACAGCGAGAUCAGCCUGCUGACCAGAGGCCCCAUAAUGUCAAGGGCUACAGCUAAAAGCUGGUCUUCACAGCCAGCUGAUGAGGAAGAGGAUGGAGAUGAGGAAAGGGAACAACCUCAUGUGACGUUCUUGCCUCCUGAAGGCGGGGUCCCCUCACCUCAACUGAGAGGCUCUGAGAGUGAGUCAUCCUCCAUCCAUGAAGCUGUAGAAAUCAUACCGUCAGAUGCAACGCAAGCUCAAGUCAGCCUGAGCUUUGACACCAGUCAGACAUCUGUCCAGUCAAUAGACACCACCCUUGAGUUCUAUGAUGCACCUUUAUCACAAGAGCAGGAAAUAGAGGAAGAGCACGUAGGUACAGAGGAAGAUGAAGAGGUAGUGACACUAAACAUUAAAGCUUCAACUGAAAAUGAGGAAACCGAGGAAUCGCACUCACCAGCCACUGAGCAAACCCCUGUUCAGACAUCAGAGAAGGAAGAGGAGGAAGCACAGGAAGAUGAAGAAGUUAUGGAGAUUGGUCUGGAUGAAGAGGUGGAAAAUGAGGAAGAUGUUCAGACCGAAAAGGAAGACGAACAAGAUGUUGAGUCAAGUAGCAAAGAAGAUGCUGCAACUAUUGACCACGAGGAGGCACCUAGUCAAGUGUUUAACCAGGUAACUGAGAUCACAGAUUCUGGAACAGAGGUCGAAUCUCAGGAUGAACCAGCGAAUGCCCCCGAACAGGAAGUCAAGUCAAAUGUCACUGAAUCCAUAGAGGUCACCCAGCAUCUGAAACCUUUAGAAGACGCAAACGAACCCGAGGAGGAUCUGGAACAAUCAACAGAUCUGACUGAGUUUGUGCAGCAGCAGCUGUUUGGCAGCGACCUGUCUCCUCCACUCACCCGCUCAGGAAUUCACAAUGCAUCACAGAUGCAGAUGUCAUUCGACAGAGAGUCACUAGGUGAGGUGGAAGAGGAGGAGCAGGCAGCUGUCGAACCUCCCACAGUUUUCACCAGCCAGAAAUCAAGCGCCUCCGUGACUUCCUCUGAGCCGACUGGCACGGACUCCCACUCUGUUGUGAGUGUAAAUGACAGUGAAGAACUCUCUAGCCCUGCGUCUGAGGAAGAAGAAGAUGAUGAUGAUGAAGAAGAAGAGGAGUCUGAUCAAGCUGAGGAGGAGGAAGAAGAGGAGGAGGACUCUGGUAGUGAGGUGGAGAUCAUUGAGGAGGUGAAGGGCAAUGGGAGACUGCCACCCCUCAAAGCUAGUUCAGUGUUUGUACAACAAGGACACACACACUUCCUGCCAAGUCUGUCGGAGCAGGAGGCUGCGGAGUUCUCCCUGAUCCCACCCGGAGCAGAGAUGAAGAUUGUAGAGGAAGACAUGGAGGGUGAUGUGGUGAUGGUGAGACUCGGGGAGAAUGAAGAAGAGAUGCAGGUAGAGGAGGACGAAGAGCAAGGCUCGUCAUACAUGGAGCUUAAACCCUCCACCACUCUUCUGGUUCCUCUUGAACUUGUGGAGGGACAACACGGCCUGGUCGAUAGUGCUCAGCUGGAUCUUCCUGAGAUCCAUCAAACGGUUGUGCCAGACAACCCAGAGACUGAUACUCACUGCGACUUCUCUCUGAUGCUCGAUAUGGACGAGGGUGAGAAUAAAGAGGCAGACAGGCUGCCCAUUGAGAAUAAUCUGCUUCCUUCCGAUCUUUCCACCCAGCCACCAGGAGAGGAGGCUAGUGAGGAGCUUGUAGUCAAACCUGAUGUUAUUCUUUUGGGAACAGAUGACCAGGAUACACCCCUGUCUGAGGAAGUCUCACUAGAUGACCACAGGAUAGAGAUGGACAUCCUGGAUUUAAAUGAGGUUGAUGGACUAACACAAUCAGAACCUGUAGGAUUCCAAACUGACCAACAGGCUGAAGACACUGAUGCACCUCAGGAGAAAAAUGUGCAGGAGAAUUCUGAGGUGGUAAUGCUGGUUGAAGAUCCUGAACCUGCACCAACUCCAGUGGGAGAACUCUCAACAGUUGUGGACGACGAUGAGUCUGACGCAAAGAAAGAUGCUAUUGAUGAGAAGCAGGAGGAGGAGGAUACACCAGCACCCGAGGACCAAGAAGAACCUGAAGAGAAUGGGCCUGUUAUUAUAGAUGCAGAGAUUGUACCCAGUACAGAGAUGGUGCCUGCUAUGGAGGAGCAUCUGCAGGACAGCAGAGUCUUGGAAACAGAAGAGCUAAACAGAGAAGAAGUCACAGUAGAGGAGGAAACAACAAAUACUAUAGAAGACCUCAACAGAGAGGAAAUUACAGACGAGGAGGAAACAACAAAUACUAUAGAAGACCUCAACAGAGAGGAAAUUACAGAAGAGGAGGAAACAACAAAUACUAUAGAAGAGCUCAACAGAGAGGGAAUCACAGAAGAGGAGGAAACAACAAAUACUAUAGAAGACCUCAACAGAGAGGAAAUUACAGAAGAGGAGGAAACAACAAAUACUAUAGAAGAGCUCAACAGAGAGGAAAUUACAGAAGAGGAGGAAACAACAAAUACUAUAGAAGACCUCAACAGAGAGGAAAUUACAGAAGAGGAGGAAACAACAAAUACUAUAGAAGAGCUCAACAGAGAGGGAAUCACAGAAGAGGAGGAAACAAAACGGACGAUGGAAGAGCUCAACAGAGAGGGAAUUACAGAAGAGGAGGAAACAACAAAUACUAUAGAAGAGCUCGACAGAAUGGGAAUUACAGAAGAGGAGGAAACAAAACAUAGUAUAGAAGACCUCAACAGAGAGGAAAUUACAGAAGAGGAGGAAACAAAAAAUACUAUAGAAGAGCUCGACAGAGAGGGAAUUGCAGAAGAGGAGGAAACCAAAAAUACUAUAGAAGAGCUCAACAGAGAGGAAAUCACAGAAGAGGAGGAAACAAAAAAUGCGAUAGACGACCUCAACAGAGAGGAAAUCACAGAAGAGGAGGAAACAAAAAAUACUACAGAAGAGCUCAACAGAGAGGAAAUCACAGAAGAGGAGGAAACAAAACGGACGAUGGAAGAGCUCAACAGAGAGGGAAUUACAGAAAAGGAGGAAACAAUAAAUACUUUAGAAUACCUCAACAGAGAGGAAAUUACAGAAGUGGAGGGAACAAAAAAGAAAAAGAGGGGGAGACCAAGAAAAAACUCUGAAGAGACUCCUGUGAAACAGGUCUUGAUCUCAAAUUGCGAGCCAGAGGAAAAUCCUGUACCGGAGACCACCACUUCCCAAAAGAAGAAGACUCCUUCCACCCCAACACGGAGAACUACAAGAGGAAGGAGAGCUGUCACAUUUAUCUCGCCUCUCCAAGAGGAAAUAGAGGAGGUUGUGAAAGUGGAGUCAGAGAUGAGGGAGGUCCCUGCCACACCUCGUCAGACUCGUACACCCAGAAAAACCAAUGUCCAAGCCAGCCCUCCUCGAAGAAGUACCCGCAAAGCUCUGCCAGAGCCCACUAAAGACAAGGAUGAAGUCGAGGAGGCCGUGGAUAUCACAACGACAUCGACCUCCAAGGCCUCUUCUCCAGCCAGACGACAGGUUUCCCAGAGGACUUCUUCAACAAGGACAACCCAAAGGACCCAGACUGACAGUAAGGAGCAGCCUACAGCUACAGAAGUUGAGUUUAAAAAGGAGGAGGACCUAGACGAAGAGUUCACACAGAUAAAAAUUGCUCGAAGAACGAGCUCCAAGACUCUCACUUCUUCCAAACCUAGCGGCACACAGGGCAACACUCCGCGAAAGACCAGACGCAGGAUACCGAGCAGCAGUGAGUUGGAGACCUCAACAUUGGAGAUGUUGGAAGAGGAGAAUGUACAGGAAGAAGUUUUUGCUCCCCCUUUCAAACGCAGCUCCAGAAAGAUGAAGAGGGAGCCGUCUGAGAUGCAACCAGCACUGCUGGAGGAGGAAGAGGUGGGGGAGAGACCACAACCUCCCAGCCCUGGCAGGGCGACUCGACAGUCCAACCGGAUCUCCCUGAAUGUUUACCCACAGGUGAAACUGGUUCCUGUAUCACUUCCUCAGAGUGCAGGAGAUUCAAGCCAUGGGACAAUUGAAACUGAAAACAUAAAACAAAGCCAAGACCUACCUGAGUCCAAGCAUAACGGCAACGCCAGUCGCACCAACUCCCGUCGACCAACCAGGAGCAAGCUGUGGGACAACCCUGAGGAAGAUCUCCCCUUGUUGGUCUCUCCAUUAGAAGUGGAUUCUGAAACCCCUGUGGCAGACGCCCUCAUCAAGAGACUGCAGGAUGAGGAGAAGCAGGAAGGAGGAGGAGUUGUUUCAAAGAUGGUGAGAAACCGCAAGAGGAGCACGAAGUCUUCGAUGGAGCAGGUUGACAUCCUGGUUCCUGAACCCGCUGAGGACGAAUCCAGUCCAGGCGAGCACUCAAUCAUCUACUCCCCCUCACGAAGGAGAACAAGAGCCCAUAGAGAAGAGGAUUCUGGCCCAAGAGAAGAGACUCCAGCUCCUGUGACUCGCAGCAGGCGACGAGUCCAAGAUGUUGAUCCUCAGGAUGCAGCUGCUUCAGAAGAAGAUAACGUGGAAGUGGAGAAAGCAGCGGGUGUUUCUAAAACCAGAAAGACGGGCAAACAAACAGCCAAAUCCAAAGGCGUUUCAGAGCCACCCCCCACAGCAGAGGUGGACCUGAUCUCGCCUCUGCCCAGCCCGGCCGAUCCACUCCCACGAACGCAGAAGAGGGUAAAAGGAGGAGAGGUCGCGACCUCGGGCAUGAACCUGCGACGCAAACGUAUAAUGGAGACCGUUUUCUCAAAACCCGUCACCCGCAGGAAGAAGCUGUAGGGGGGUCGGCGGUGUCUUUUAACCAGUGAACCUCAGACAGCCGCCUCAAGAUUUAAACCAAGUCGGUGUAAAAAAACAAAACGAACUAUGUCCUCGAAUGCUUCAAAGCUGCAGUCGUCUUUGUAUGUUGACCUUUCCGUGUAGGACAAUAAAAUAAAAGCAACGAGA